AGCAAUGACAUCAGGAUUUUAAAACAACUUGUUAUUCGGGGAGUAAUCAGUUGCAAUUAGGCAUUAAUUAAGUAUUAUGAAAGUUGAUUAUUUAAGUGAAUUCGGCUUUCGACUCUCCGACUAUGAGUUUGGGACCAAGGAGCGGAGAAUGGAUCUUGGAACAGCUGAAAGCACUCGGUGCACCGACCCACCUGCAGGCAAGCCCCCAACGGCAGCCAAGCGCAAAGGCGGCCUGAAGCUCAACGCCAUCUGUGCCAAGCUAAGCCGACAGGUGGUCGUGGAGAAGGGAGCAGAGGCCGGCUCCCAAGCUGAGGGUAGUCCACUACGUCCCCGGGACAAAGAACGCAGUGGCCCUGAGUCUGGGGUGACCCGGGCUCCCCGAAGUGAAGAAGACAAGAGGAGGGCCGUGAUUGAGAAAUGGGUCAACGGAGAGUACUGUGAGGAGCCCGCACCCACACCAGUGUUGGGGCGCAUUCCCCGUGAGGGCCUGGAGCUGCCCCCAGAGGGUGUCUACAUGGUCCAGCCACAGGGCUGCAGCGACGAAGAAGACCAUGCAGAAGAGCCUUCCAAAGAUAAUAACGUCCUGGAGGAGAAGGAUUCUGAUGGUACGGCUUCAAAGGAUGACAGCGGCCCCAGUGCCAAGCAGGCUUCAGGAGAAACCUCCUCUCUGAGGGACUACGCUGCCUCCACCAUGACCGAGUUCCUCGGUAUGUUCGGCUAUGACGACCAGAACACCAGGGACGAGCUGGCCAGGAAGAUCAGCUUUGAGAAGCUGCACGCAGGCUCCACCUCCGAGGUGGCUGCCUCUUCCGUGUUGCCCUCCUCUGAGGAUACCCUCAGCAAGCGGGCACGUUUCUCCAAAUACGAGGAAUACAUCCGUAAACUCAAGGCCGGCGAGCAGCUUCCCUGGCCAGCCCAUGGCAGCAAGGCUGAGGAUCGGGCAGGCAAGGAGGUGGUGGGCCCCUUGCCCAGCCUACGGCUACCCAGCAACACUGCCCACCUGGAGACCAAGGCCACCAUCUUGCCACUGCCAUCUCACAGCAGUGUCCAGAUGCAGAACCUGGUAGCCCGUGCUUCCAAGUACGACUUCUUCAUCCACAAGCUGAAGACCGGUGAGAACCUGAGGCCCCAGAAUGGAAGCACUUACAAGAAGCCAUCCAAGUAUGACCUGGAGAACGUGAAGUACCUGCACCUCUUUAAACCUGGGGAAGGUAGCCCUGACAUGGGCGGGGCCAUUGCCUUCAAGACAGGCAAGGUGGGGCGCCCCUCCAAGUACGACGUUCGGGGCAUCCAGAAGCCAGGCCCUACCAAGAUUCCGCCUGCCCCCAGCCUGGUUCCUGCACCCCUCACCAAUGUGCCCAGUACUCCCAGCGCCCCUGGACCGGGACCCGAGCCACCUGCCUCCCUGUCCUUCAAUACUCCCGAGUAUCUGAAGUCAACCUUUUCCAAAACAGACUCCAUCACCACAGGAACUGUCUCCACUGUCAAGAAUGGAUUGCCCACAGAUAAACCAGCUGUCACCGAAGAUGUAAACAUUUACCAGAAAUAUAUUGCCAGGUUCUCAGGAAGUCAGCACUGCGGCCACAUCCACUGCGCCUACCAGUACCGUGAGCACUAUCACUGCCUGGACCCAGAGUGCAACUACCAGAGGUUCACAAGCAAGCAGGACGUGAUCCGACAUUACAACAUGCACAAGAAGAGGGACAACUCCCUGCAGCACGGUUUCAUGCGGUUCAGCCCACUGGACGAUUGCAGCGUCUACUACCACGGCUGCCACCUCAACGGGAAGAGCACCCAUUACCACUGCAUGCAGGUGGGAUGUAACAAGGUGUACACAAGUACCUCAGAUGUGAUGACCCAUGAGAACUUCCACAAGAAGAACACCCAGCUCAUCAACGACGGCUUCCAGCGCUUCCGAGCCACCGAGGACUGCGGCACCGCCGACUGUCAGUUCUAUGGACAGAAGACCACACACUUCCACUGCAGGCGUCCUGGCUGCACGUUUACCUUCAAGAACAAGUGUGACAUCGAGAAGCACAAGAGCUACCACAUCAAGGAUGACGCAUACGCCAAGGACGGCUUCAAGAAGUUCUACAAGUACGAGGAGUGUAAAUACGAGGGUUGUGUGUACAGCAAGGCCACCAACCACUUCCACUGCAUCCGCGCCGGCUGCGGCUUCACCUUCACCUCCACCAGCCAGAUGACCUCACACAAACGCAAGCACGAGCGCCGGCACAUCCGAUCCUCGGGGGCCCUGGGGCUGCCGGCCUCCUUGCUGGGCACCAAGGACACGGAACACGAGGAGUCCAGCAACGAUGACCUUGUGGACUUCUCUGCCCUGAGCAGCAAGAACUCCAGUCUCAGCGCCUCCCCCAGCAGCCAGCAAUCCUCUGCAUCCCUGGCCGCUGCGGCUGCUGCCACCACUGCCGAGGCUGUCCCCAGUGCCACCAAGCCUCCCAAUAGCAAGAUGCCAGGCCUGCUGCCCCAGGGCCUGUCUGGUUCCAUUCCCCUCGCACUGGCUCUCUCUAACUCAGGCCUGCCCACCGCCACCCCCUAUUUCCCUCUCCUUACUAGCCGCGGGAGCGCCUCGUUGCCUGUGGGAUCUCCAGGUCUCCUGGGCUCCAUGUCCUCUGGGGCCACGACCUCAACAACCCCUGACGUGCCAGCUCUGAUGGCUUCUGGAGCUGGAGACUCAGCCCCCACAGCUGCCACCUCUCUCUCGGUGCCCCCUGCCUCCAUCAUGGAGAGGAUCUCGGCAAGUAAAGGCCUCAUCUCACCCAUGAUGGCCAGACUGGCUGCGGCCGCCCUCAAGCCCUCUGCCACCUUUGACCCAGGAAGUGGGCAGCAGCCCACCCCCACUAAGUUCCCUCAGGCCCAGGUGAAGCAGGAGCCUGACAGUGCUGGCACCCCAGGUCCUCAGGAGGCUUCCCAAGACCGCAGCCUAGACCUGACAGUGAAGGAGCCCAGUAAUGAAUCAAAUGGCCACGCAGUACCGGCAAAUUCAUCUCUUUUAUCCUCGCUUAUGAAUAAGAUGACUCAGUGCAACCCCAGCCUUGGAAACUUGCUGAACAUCAAGACAGAAGUGGAGGGGAGCCCCGCUGGGGAGUCCUCGCCUUUCUUGGGCAAGGCUGUGAAGGCGCUGGUUCAAGAGAAGCUGUCAGAGCCCUGGAAGGUGUAUCUCCGCAGGUUUGGUACCAAGGACUUCUGUGACGCCCAGUGUGACUUCCUCCACAAGGUGCAUUUCCACUGUGUAGUGGAGGAGUGCGGUGCGCUUUUCAGUACCUUGGAUGGAGCCAUCAAACAUGCAAACUUCCACUUCCGGACGGAGGGAGGAACAGCAAAGGGAACCACAGAGGCUCCCUUCCCAGCCUCUGCUGCCGAGACCAAACCUCCCUUGGCACCCUCGUCCCCGCCAGCACCUCCUUGCACCAUGGUCCCUGGAUCUUCUCUGGAGGGGCCUGCUCCCAGUCCAGUCUCUGUGCCCUCCACCCCCACCCUGCUCGCCUGGAAGCAGCUGGCUUCCACCAUACCCCAGAUGCCUCAGAUUCCCUCGUCAGUGCCUCACCUGCCCACCUCGCCCCUGGCGACGACGUCUCUAGAGAACGCCAAGCCUCAGGUCAAACCCGGGUUCCUCCAGUUCCAGGACAACGAUCCAUGCCUGGCGACCGACUGCAAAUAUGCCAGCAAGUUCCACUUCCACUGUCUCUUCGGUAACUGCAAGUACGUCUGCAAGACCUCGGGCAAGGCCGAGUCCCACUGCCUGGACCACAUCAACCCCAGCAACAGCCUGGUGAACGUGCGAGACCAGUUUGCUUACUACUCUCUGCAGUGUCUGUGUCCCAACCAGCACUGCGAGUUCCGGAUGCGGGGGCACUACCACUGCCUCCGGACGGGCUGCUACUUUGUCACCAACAUCACCACCAAACUUCCAUGGCAUAUAAAGAAGCAUGAAAAGGCUGAGCGACGGGCAGCCAACGGGUUCAAAUACUUCACCAAGCGCGAGGAGUGCGGAAGGCUAGGCUGCAAGUACAACCGAGUGAAUAGCCACUUCCACUGCAUCCGGGAAGGUUGCCAGUUCUCCUUUCUCCUCAAGCACCAGAUGACCUCGCACGCCCGGAAGCACAUGCGGAGGAUGCUGGGGAAGAACUUCGACCGAGUGCCCCCUUCCCAGGGUCCCCCGAGCCUAAUGGAUGCUGAGACGGACGAGGGCAUGGACUAUACAGGCUGUAGUCCUGGCGCAGCUUCUUCGGAGUCUUCCACGAUGGACCGCAGCUGCUCCAGCACUCCUGUAGGCAAUGAGAGCACAGCAGCCGGGAACACCAUCUCCAUGCCGACAGCCUCGGGGGCCAAAAAGCGCUUUUGGAUCAUCGAGGACAUGUCUCCCUUUGGCAAGCGAAGGAAGACAGCCUCGUCUCGGAAGAUGCUGGACGAGGGCAUGAUGCUCGAGGGUUUCCGGCGCUUUGACCUCUACGAGGACUGCAAGGAUACAGCCUGCCAGUUCUCACUCAAGGUCACCCACUACCACUGCACGCGGGAGAACUGCGGCUACAAGUUCUGCGGACGCACGCACAUGUACAAGCACGCACAGCACCACGACCGCGUGGACAACCUGGUGCUGGACGACUUCAAACGCUUCAAGGCCUCGCUCAGCUGCCACUUUGCUGACUGCCCGUUCUCGGGCACCAGCACGCACUUCCACUGCCUGCGCUGCCGCUUCCGCUGCACGGACAGCACCAAGGUCACCGCGCACCGCAAGCACCACGGCAAGCAGGACGUGAUCAGCGCCGCUGGCUUCUGCCAGUUCAGCUCGAGCGCCGACUGCGCCGUGCCCGACUGCAAGUACAAGCUCAAGUGCUCGCACUUCCACUGCACCUACCCGGGCUGCCGCCACACAGUGGUGGGCAUGUCGCAGAUGGACUCGCACAAGCGCAAGCACGAGAAGCAGGAGCGAGGGGAGCCUCCCGCAGCCUCUCCGGGGGCGCCCGUCAACCUGGACGGCUCGCUCACGCUGGCCGCCGAGCAGGGCUCGCUGCUCUUCCUGCAGUCAGCGGCCGCGGGCCUAGGUCUGCUCGGGGACACCGGGGACCCCGGCCCACCUGCCACCGCCCCCGGGACUCGGGACGGCCCUGCUGCGCCCGCCCCCGCCCCCGCCGCCGCUGCCACCACCACCACCGCCACCACAGCCACCACAGCCACCGCUGGGGAGUCCUCCCAAGAGGACGAUGAGGAGGAGCUGGAGCUGCCGGAGGAGGAGGCCGAGGACGACGACGAGGAUGACGAUGAAGAGGACGACGACGAGGAGGAUGAUGAUGAUGAUGACGACGACGAGGACCUGCGCACCGACUCCGAGGAGUCGCUGCCCGAGGCUGCGGGCGAGGCUGGCGCGCGGACCCCGCUGGCGGCCCUGGGUGGCCCCGGCCCCGCGCCCACCGCCGCGUCCCCCUAG